UGGUAUUGUUAGCAUAAAUAGCCCUCCAUUUGCUCGUGUCCUUUGUCAGACAACACCCAUUUCUUUACAAAAAAGUUCUAUAUAUAUAUAUCUAUAUAUAUAUAUAUAUAUGUAUGUACUGUUUUAUAUGGGGAAAUAAAAGCGUCUCUGGAAAUGACACUGAGUGGCAGACAACACUCAGACCAGCUACAACAUAUACCAACUACUUUAAAUCUCACAAACCAAACAGCUCAAGAUACAUACAAAAGAGAUGUCUCUGAGUGUUUAUGGCAAUAUGAACAUUGAUGGUGUGCAGAAGAUCAGCGGAGAAGAUGGCCAGGAGAUGACCUAUGCCAAUGCUGACAGUCAUAAUGUCAGGGUAGAGACAGAAGACCAACAAACACCUCAGUGCACAGGAAAGAGGUCUGAGAGGAAGAGAAGCCACAGAUCAGCUUCAGUGUGUUUGGGGCUGCUGUGUGUUCUUCUGCUGGCUGCAGUCAUAGUGCUGUGUGUCCAACUCAUUACAAAAAUGAAACAGUUUCACAUCAAGAGCAACACCUUGACAGAAGAGAAAGACCAGUUACUAAUAACGAAUAUCAAACUCACGGAAGAGAGACAGCAGUUACUGAACAAGAACAUAAACUUGAUUAAAGAGAGGGAUGGAAUAACAAAAGAGAAUCACAACCAAAUACAACGAAGUGAAUCAGGAGAUGCAGUCAGGAAGUUGAAUCAGGAGAAAAAUGAACUACUGAAGAGUCUUCAUGAAAUGGAUGGUUGGAUUUGCUAUCAGUCCAAUUUUUACUACAUAUCUUCUGAGAAGAAGAGCUGGAGUGAAAGCAGAAGAUACUGUAUACAGAAAGGAGCAGAUCUGUUGAUCAUAAACCACAAAAAUGAACAAGAUUUUUUAUAUAAAUUUUCUGGUGAGGACAAAGUCUGGAUUGGUUUGACUUACACAGAGAAAGAGGGCACAUGGAAAUGGGUCAAUGGAAGUACACUGACCUCUGGGUUCUGGAAGUCUGGACAGCCCGAUGGCCAAAGACAAGAGAACUGUGCUCUAACUGUAUCAUCAGGGUGGCAUGAUUAUCCAUGUUCUUAUGUUUACAAAUGGAUCUGUGAGAAGAGCAUUUUAAAAUGAGUCAUUACAUCAAAUACAUGUACAUGCAAGUACAUGUAUAUUUAUUUUGUACAUUCUGAACACCCGUAAAGCACUUUCACUCAAGACCAGGACAUAUUUUGAGUAACUGAAGAUAGUCCAAAGUCUUCUUUUAAUGCAUGCUUUUAAAAUAAUAUAUUAUGUAGCUUAAUAUUUUGUUUGUACAGUAAACUUUCUGUCUGUAGGUUGAAGUAUUUUAAAUGACGCUUUUCAUUAAAUAUUCUUAAGGCUAAGUCAUUAUCCUGUCCUGUGUUUUAGUGUCUGCAUCUGAUAUUGACCCUGAACUUGACUAUGGAGAAUAUAUUGAGGACGUUGUAUAAUGCAGGCUGUAGUAUACACUGCAAACUGCACUUUAAACAGGGUUCGUACAAGGUGCUUGAAAUAUUUGAAUUUGGCUUUUUCAAAUUUAAGUCCUGGAAAACCCUUGAAAAUAGCUAUUUUUACCAAGAGGUGCUUAAGUUCUUGAAUUAUAGAAAAUCAUAAAAUAUGUUGCUUAAAUCAUUCAUCACCAUAAUAAAUGAAAUUAGUGAUGGGUCGUUCAUGAACAAUUUGUUCAUUUUGAACGAAUUUUUUAUGUGACUCAGAAGAACGAGUAGUCUCAGAGAGUGAUUAGUUCAUUUUGUGUUGGCUGCGCAUGUGCAUUGCGCAACCUCCGUUCGUUUGUUACGUGAAAACCGCAUAGGUGCUGUACAGGAAACAGAAAUUAUUAGUUCACCUCUCGAGUCACCUGGUCCGAGUCGUUCGUUCUUUUGUCAUGUGACAGCCGUAUACACUAUGUACAUACGGCCGUCAUGUGACAAAAGAACGAACGACUUGGACAAGAAGAUUCCAAAGGUGAACUAAUCAUUUCUGUUUCUCAUAAUUUGUCUUUGGCUGCAUUCUAAUUUUUUCCUUAUUGGGACUAAUAUCAAAGUUUGUGUAAGUAGACGUGUUGGGGGGGAUUUGGCUGUUGAAAAUGUAACAUUUUAAUUUAAUUCUGCUCAAAUGAACUAAAUGACUUGAAUAAAGAUUUGUUCAUUUUGCUGAACGAGACUCAAAGAUUCAAGUCAGUAAAAUUAUCCGAUCUUCCCAUCACUAAAUUAAAUGUAUUUAUUUUCAGAAAAACAUGACGACAGUGGAAAAAAUGAGUUGAGAUGUAAAACGUUCUGAGAUUUGAAUGCAGAUCAAUGGAGGAUUCAGUUUUCUGAGCCGUCUAGCGCCCCCUUGUGUAAAGACAGCUUUGUGACUCACAAAAUAGGUUAUUUCUGACAUUUGGGGCAAUAUCGAAAUAUGUUGAUGAACAUGUCCCUUGAUGUUUUUAGUCAUGAAAAAGCUUUCAAAUAGCGAAAAAAAUAAUAUAUUUAUAAGUAUCAUUCUAUAACCUAACCUUUAAUGAUAUGAAAGGGCUUGACUCUGUUUUGCCAAUUUUUUUGAAAAUAUAUUUGAAAUUUUUGAUCGCCUGAAAAAAAUCUGUGUCCCCUUCAUCUGGUACACUUCUAUGACAUGUAAAGUUAUUUAUGUAUUUAUUUUGUACUUAUUUUUAAUAAAAGCAUUAGUGCAAGGCCGAAGAAGUGUGCA